AUGGAAUCUUUCUUUCAACAAUCAUUAAAGAAUGCACAUAGUGGAGAAACAGAUUUCAAACAAAACUUUUUGAAAGGACAAAGAAAUCCUCUUCGACAAGAUAGAAAUGAAAAGAUACAUAUUUAUAAAGUUCAAAGACAAACAAUGACCCAAAACGUAGGACAUGCGUUUGUAACUACUUCAACUACAAAGAGUAGUCUUGCCAAGGAUGUCACUAUUAAACCGAUCGAACUACUGAAACCAGUGCUAAUCAAGGAUUUGGUGGUGGAGAAGAUUCAUCAUGGUCAGGUGUUGAUAGCAAGAAGUAUUACCAUUCCAAACAAGUUGAAUGCUAUUCAGGUGCUUAUUGAAGAUCAAAACGGUGUUUACGAUGAAAUCUUGGAUCUCUCUGUAUACAAUGCCAUUCUGCCAGGAAAGAAAAAGGUGAUUGAUGAAAUCGAGGAUAUGUUUCCGAUUGGUGUUAUAUUCGCUGUUAAGGAACCUUAUUUCAAAGUGGCAUCGUCCGGUGGUUUGUUCAUUCGGGUAGACGAUCCCAAUGAUAUUGAAUUCAUCUUUGAUCCUUAUCAUCCAUUAAUAUGCAACAAACAAUGGAAGAAGAUACUCAAGUUGUCGUUACCAAGAGAUGUAAAUGGUUGGCGUGAAAGAGGUAAUCAAUACUUUGUCAAUAGAAACUUUGAUAAGGCACUUGAAUACUAUUGUUCGGGGUUGGCACUGGAUCCAAAACAUCCAUUACUUUUGUCAAACAAAAUGGCAGCUCUAAUCGAAUUGAAAAGAUAUAUAGAGUGUAUUCAAACCGGUGUUGAACUACUAUCACGACAAGCGAGUUUGGUUCCUUUGUCACAGGAGAAACUAUUGAUCCGACUUGGUAAAUCGUACUAUUUAGUUGGUCUUUACGAAAAGUCAAUGGAGAUCUACGAGAAACUGGUUAAGAUUGUACCCAAUAACAAUCAAUAUCCAACUCUAAUCAAACAAUGCAAAGUGAGAAUAGUUGAGAGAGAUCAAGGUAGAUUCGAUUUCAAAGCAAUCUCUGACGCCUUCAAAUCAACCGGUGAAGUCGAUUGCAGUGAAUAUAUUGGUCCGUUAAAGAUGACCAAAACAAAGCAUGGUCGUGGAUUGGCUGUUACUCAGGAUGUCGAAGCCGGAACUCUACUUUUGGUGUCCAAAGGAGUCGGUGUAUAUAGAGAGCCGGAAAAAAAAGAUACAACCGUAUUCGAUGUCAAUUUCAAGGAUAAGGUUGCAAUGAAUGUAAACUCCGCUCAAGUGAUUGCACUUGUCAAUAGGCAAAUCAAAGCCAAUCCAAAGUUGGCCACCCAGGUUUCAAAACUAUAUCAUGAUUCAAACCCUACUGCAUCUUUUGGAUUGGUAGAUUCACUAGAUUUCUUCAAGGUGAACGAAUCGAUUGUCGACCAGGUAAUCAACAACACCACUAACAUUCCAAUCAAUGUCGAGGAUGUCAGAAGUAUCGUCAAAUUGAAUGCAUUCUUUGAUGAUAAGAAGAUUCAUGGGUUAUGGAUAGUACCAUCGUUUAUCAAUCACGAUUGUCUUCCAAACACCUCACGUAUGUUUAUUGGUGAUGCAAUGAUAAUCUUUUCUGCCAGAUCGUUUAAAGCAAACGAUGAGAUAACUACUGGAUAUUGCUCGUUUUUGGAAUCCUAUGAAAAGAGAAAAGGUCAUCAUACGGCGUUCGGAUUCACCUGCGAGUGUCAGUUGUGCCAGAAAGAUAGAAAGUACACUAAAUCAGAGGUUGAACAAAUAGAGAAGUUAGCUGAACAAUUUCAAAGUGAAUUCGCUCCAAAGAUUAGAAAGUAUGAUCAAUCAAUCAUCCCUACAAUCAAGAACAACAUUGAAGUAUUCAAAAAGAAAUAUGGACAACAUCUUCAAUUCGAUUUGAUACAUCAGCUCAGUGGUUUGUCGCUACUCUACAGAACUAAAUACCAAGAUAAACUAUCGAUGGAAUGUCUAUUCGAGAGUCUCCAAGUAUCUGGUUUCACAAUUAACCCUAUCAACUACUCCAGAGCGGAGCUACCAUCGACACCGGCUCAAUUUACAAUUCAGUGCAACGGUGUAUUACAACCAUUCUACUCAGAUAUCUUCUUACAAAUAUCAAACAAUGCAUUCAAUCUCGGAUUGUGGCAAUUAUCUAGAGAGACCGCUGCACUAUCAAGAUUGAAUUCACUCAUUUUCAGAGGUAUGAACACUGCACAGCACACAGCAGAGUACACCGGUAAAGUUGAGCCUGGUGUAUUGAAAUUCAACAAUGAUACAAUUAAACUUAGAAAUUUCUAA